UUGCAAAGGAAAGGAGAGCGCGUGGCGCUCCGGAACUCGCGCACGCGCCGUAGUCUCACUCGGCCUGUGCGCGCGCGCGGCCGGCGCUGCAUCUUUUCUUCAAGCCCGCCCCCCUCUUCCACUUCAGCCAGGGUAGGCGACGAGCGAAAGCAGGAAAGUGUGGGGCGAGGUGGGCGGGGCGUCGCACGCGAGCGCGGUCUGCAAAAGAAGGGAGGAGGAGGGAGAGAUCCAAGACAACGUUACCCCGUCAACACCCAAUCGAGAGCAAGCCUGACCCCGCCCCCUCACCUCAUGUUAUUGGCUGAGAGGCCUCAGAUGGGCGGGGUUGGCCGUGGGGUUGGGGAGGGCAGGGGGCGGGGAGGAGGAGGAAGGCGCUGGCGGGCAGUGAUGGCGGCGGGUGAUGGGGACGUGAAGCUAGGCACCCUGGGGAGUGGCAGUGAGAGCAGCAGCGACGGCAGCAGCGAGAGCCCAGGCGGCGCGGGAGCGGCAGCAGAAGGGGGCGGCUGGGCAGCAGCGGCAUUGGCGCUUUUGACGGGGGGCGGGGAGAUGCUGCUGAACGUGGCGCUGGUGGCGCUGGUGCUGCUGGGGGCCUACCGGCUGUGGGUGCGCUGGGGGCGGCGGGGUUUGGGCGCCGGGGCCGGAGCCGGCGAGGAGAGUCCCGCUGCCUCUCUGCCUCGUAUGAAGAAGCGGGACUUCAGCUUGGAGCAGCUGCGCCAGUACGACGGGUCCCGCACCCCGCGCAUCCUUCUCGCGGUCAAUGGGAAAGUCUUCGACGUGACCAAAGGCAGCAAGUUCUACGGCCCGGCUGGUCCAUAUGGAAUAUUUGCUGGUAGGGAUGCCUCCAGAGGACUGGCGACAUUUUGCCUAGAUAAAGAUGCACUUAAAGAUGAAUAUGAUGAUCUCUCAGACUUGAAUGCUGUACAAAUGGAGAGUGUUCGAGAAUGGGAAAUGCAGUUUAAAGCCUUACAUGAAUACAAAGACCAGCCAAGAAAAAUAUGAUUAUGUAGGCAGACUCCUAAAACCAGGAGAAGAACCAUCAGAAUAUACAGAUGAAGAAGAUACCAAGGAUCACAAUAAACAGGAUUGAACUUUGUAAACAACCAAAGUCAGGGGCCUUCAGAACUGCAAUUCUUACUCCCUUUCACAGAAUGUCCAGCGUCUUUGGGUUUGGUUCACCUGCUGCAAAAAACAUUCAACAGAUUGUAUACAAGCUAAAUGAGUCUCACUUUGAAGAUUUGAAUACUAGACAUUAUUUAUGCUGCCAACCUCAUUUGUUGCAGUUGUUUGUAAUGUCUGGUGGGGCUUCAUCAUCCUGAAAAGGAGGAAACAGGGACUUUUUUAAAGAGCAAGAAAGUCACAAGGUUACUAUUCCCUCUCUCCCUCCUUCCCUCCCUCCCUCCUAUUUUUUUUUUUUUAAAUCAAAGACAACCAGAUAUGUAUUUACUACUUAAGUGUACAAAUCUCCUCAAAAACAGCAAGAGAUUCAUGUGCUGUGUUUUUGUUAUAGCUCUGAGGGAGGAGACCUAGGCAGGAGAGGUUGGGGGUGCACAUCAAUUUGAGUAGUUUAGAUUAUUGAAACAUUAAAAUGUGAGUUCUCAAACUUUUCUUUUUGGGUUUUGUCAGGAAAAAGGAAAAAACCCUUACUUCUAAGAAAUCUUUGGAAAUUAGGAGAAGGGAUUUCAAGUGGAUCUAAGUCAAAGUUAAUUCCCAAUAGUAAGAUCAUUUGAAACUAGUUUUUAUCCCUUCCCUUCCCCUAGAUCAAAUCAAUAUUAAUUGUGCCUUAUUUCACUUACAUAGACUUGAAUUAUUUUUAGGGAAAGCCCCUAUGUGAAUUCAAAAGUCAUUACAAGCAGCAUUGAGACUGAAGUUGGAAUAUUCUGUUGACUGCAAAACCUUGAUGUCAUUCUGUGUACAUAGAAUGUAAAAGGAAUAUUCAGUGUUACUGCCACAUAUGUUAAUAUACACAAACUUAAUUAGCAUUGUAAUGGCCAAAUGCAUUCCCUCAUGCUUUUUCUCUUUUAAAAAAAAAUCGAAAAUCAAAUCAACAACUUUGUCCCCCAACAGCUGCCUAAUUUUAGGAGUCUGACCCUCACAUCUCAUUGGUGUGGGUGCAUGGGGCUGUGGUAUGGAUGUUGUAUGGGUGCGUCUGAAUGUGUGUGAGAGCGCCUUGGAAAGGACUCUGCAGAUACUGUAAAUACCAGUACCAUUUUAAUAAAGCAUGUACAAUAAACCAAAA